AGGGCGGCGCAGGCGGAGCUGGGCGGCGGGCGCGCGGGCCACGAGCAAGCGAGCAAGCGAGCUGCAGGCUUCGGGCGGGCGGCGGCACAGCUCAGGCCGAGCCGGCGCGGGAGGAGUUCCAGGGCGAUGGGGCCGCGGCCGGGGCUGACGCUUUGACAGCUGGAAAGAGCGCGGAGCCAGCGCCGGGGAGGGAGGGAGCGCGGCGAGCGGUGUGCGAGCGAGCGGGCGAACGCCGGGAGGGGGCCGGGAGCAGGGCAGCUCAGGAGACCGGACGGUAGCGGCGGCGGCGGCGGCGGCGGCGGCGGGGUCGGCGCCCUCUUCUUUGCAAGCCAUGUUUGCCAAAGGCAAAGGCUCGGCGGUGCCCUCGGACGGGCAGGCUCGGGAAAAGUUAGCUUUAUACGUCUACGAAUAUUUACUGCACGUAGGAGCACAGAAAUCUGCACAGACCUUCUUAUCAGAGAUUCGAUGGGAAAAAAACAUCACACUGGGAGAACCGCCUGGGUUUCUGCACUCGUGGUGGUGCGUAUUUUGGGACCUUUACUGUGCAGCUCCUGAAAGGAGAGACACUUGUGAACAUUCAAGUGAAGCGAAAGCCUUUCAUGACUAUAGUGCAGCAGCUGCCCCAAGCCCUGUGCUUGGCAACAUUCCCCCCAAUGAUGGGAUGCCCGGAGGCCCCAUCCCACCAGGUUUCUUUCAGGGUCCUCCGGGGUCACAGCCCUCGCCGCACGCACAGCCUCCACCUCACAAUCCCAGCGGCAUGAUGGGACCCCACAGUCAGCCUUUUAUGUCACCGCGAUACGCAGGCGGCCCCAGGCCCCCGAUCAGAAUGGGAAACCAGCCUCCAGGAGGAGUUCCUGGGACACAGCCAUUGCUGCCCAAUUCCAUGGACCCCACGCGACAACAAGGUCACCCCAACAUGGGAGGAUCGAUGCAGAGAAUGAACCCCCCCCGAGGCAUGGGGCCCAUGGGGCCUGGCCCACAGACUGACCCUUGGUUAUCGUUGCAGAAUUACGGCAGCGGCAUGAGACCACCACCCAACUCCCUCGGCCCCGCCAUGCCUGGGAUUAACAUGGGCCCAGGAGCUGGCAGACCCUGGCCCAAUCCUAACAGUGCUAACUCAAUCCCGUACUCCUCCUCAUCACCCGGUACCUAUGUGGGACCUCCUGGCGGUGGCGGGCCUCCGGGAACCCCCAUCAUGCCCAGUCCUGCGGAUUCAACAAACUCCAGUGACAACAUCUACACAAUGAUUAAUCCUGUGCCGCCGGGAGGCAGCCGGUCCAACUUUCCAAUGGGUCCUGGCUCAGACGGCCCAAUGGGAGGCAUGGGCGGCAUGGAGCCCCACCACAUGAAUGGAUCCUUAGGAUCAGGCGACAUAGAUGGACUUCCAAAAAAUUCUCCUAACAACAUAAGUGGCAUUAGCAAUCCUCCAGGCACCCCUCGAGAUGAUGGCGAGCUAGGAGGGAACUUCCUCCACUCCUUCCAGAAUGACAAUUAUUCUCCAAGCAUGACGAUGAGUGUGUGAGCCCCCCCUCUCCAAGACGCUGAGAGCCGGCAUUGCAGGCAGAAGAUGCCAGAAAUUAUGCAAGAAGAAGUGAGGUGUCGAUACCAGGAGCUGGGAGAGGGCAUCUCCUGCUCCCCAUGUCCCUCUCAUCCAC